AUGUUGGCGCAAGAAGUCGAAGCUUUACCGCUAAAUGCCGGGGGAAGCACUGUAGCUUCAUCACCAGGCAACCUGACCCAAGCAAGGAAAAUGAAGGAUGAGUCCUGUAUUGUCGGUCGCGAAGAUUUCGUGAAUGUACUUGUGCCUCAGUUGAUAGAUAAAAGAGACGAUGGCGCCAACCUAAGAGUGAUUUCGGUUUUCGGCGAGGAAGCCAUCGGCAAAACAGCUCUAGUGAGGAGCGUCUACAGCAGAGCGGAUGUUAAGCAUCAUUUCGACUGCUGCACUUGGGUCCGGAUCGGGCCCAAGCCUAACCUGGUUCAUCUCAUGAUCGACUUGCUCAAGCAGCUGAGGGUCCCGGAAUUGCGAGAUGUGGAUCGUAUGAACGAGGAAAAGCUGUCCGACGUGCUCCAAGGAUUCCUGAUGGAGUGCUGUUAUCUGACGGUCCUGGAUGACUUGUCCGAUCUUCUUCUCAUGGACAAGCUCUUGAUAAAGGUGCUUGCAGACUCGAGGAACGGGAGCAGAGUAAUCAUCACGACUCGUAACAGCAAAAUACCCUCUUCCACCGAUCCCUGGUAUGCCACGCAUCUCGAGUUGACCCCCCUCAACCAAGAACAGAGCAACAAGUUAUUGAAGGAAAGUAGCAGCGCUUUCGAUGGGGUCAAUCCGGACGGAGAACUCCUCCCUCUCAAAGAGAGGAUUCUUAGCAAAUCGGGCGGUUCUCCUGCCAAGAUCGUUCUACUCGGAGGACUUUUAUCCACCACCACGUGGAGUGGAUGCACCAAGCUUGUCGAUCAGCUUACCGAUCGUCCCACACUCCAAGAUAUUGUGCAUUUGAGCGUUAAUGACCUUUCAGAAGGGUUAAAGCAAUGUGCUCUGUACUUGACUCUGUUCCCUAAGGAAUCUGAGAUUCCCACAAGGAGGCUCUUCAGACUUUGGUUAGCUGAAAAUCUCGUAUCUUCAGCGUUGGAGAACGGUGCAGAGGCAUGUUUUGAGAUUCUGGUGUCUAGACACAUGAUCAAGGCAGCUCGACAGAAAUGGGACAGGAGUGCCCAAUCGUGUCGCUUGCCUGGAUUGUUGCACGAUGUCUUUUAUCAGAUGGCUGAGAAUGAAAGAUUCCUCAAGAUCUUUGACUGUUCUAUUCAUGAUAAAAAGAAUUUCGAUGCCCCGCGUAUGGCCAUACAUAGGGAUAUUUCAGGAGUAGGAGAAGCAAAUGCGCACAUGAAUGUGCCCAAAGCAGGACGAGAGCGAUUAGAAACAAAUGCACAAGAAGCACGCGUGGAGAUCACACCUGCCGAGCCACAUCAAAGACUGUCCACCAGUGAAAAUUCCACGCCGCCGCUCGGUGUCCAACAACUCCUUUCCUAUGUGUCAUUCAACACCAUGAAGCUGGGAACACAGGCCGGAGAGAUAGUCGCGUUACUUAAACCAUUAGUGCCGACAAGGGACUUGAGUUUGCUGAGGGUACUUGAUCUUGAGGGUGUCUACAAGCCUUUUCUUCCGGAGGAGCUUGGCAACAUAUUGCCGAACGUAAAGUACAUGGGACUCAGAUGGACUCUUCUUGAAUCGCUUCCAAAGUCAGUGGUGCGAUUGUCUUGCCUGGAAACUUUGGAUCUGAAGUACACUAACAUAACCCAAGUGCCAGUUUCUAUUUGGGAGGUAGAGAGUCUGCAACACCUAUACAUGAAUGAGGUGUCCUUUAACAAGUCCGUUCAUCCUCAACUGCAUUCCAAGAAAUCUUUGAACUGCAACAUCCAAAAGGUUUUGGCUAAAAGUCCAACAUUUAAUUGCAGAAAUUGGUGUCAAACAAGCUAUUCCGACAAAUGUACACAUUUGCUUAUCACCAGUCAAGAUUGA